AUGCACGACUUGGUGCAUGAUUUAUCUUUGUCUGUGUCAAAGUUUGAUACUUUGUUUUUUCAAGAGAAUUCCACUCUCGCCUCGAAUGAGUGUUCUCAUAUUCGUCAUCUCAAUGUUGGGUGUAAUGGGGAAUCAUUACCAGAAAUUUUAACGGUGGUUGCUCCAAAAUUAUACUCGUUGUUUUCAGAGAUUGAUGUGUUCAAGAAACUACCAAAAAGCUUCACAAGAUUAAGAGUCCUAAAGUUUGUUGGUGCUGCUAAUAUUUGUGAGUUGCCAGAUUCCCUUGGAGAAUUAAAGCACUUGAGGUAUUUGGACAUCUCAAGGACUUCUAUCAAAGCACUGCCUAAGUCCACAACCAAACUUUACAAUCUGCAAACAUUGAGGCUCUUGGGUUUACCGGGACUCACACUUCCAGAUGGAUUGGAAAUUUUGAUAAGCUUGAAGCACUUGUAUUUUGAUAGAAAAGAACUUCAGCCAGUUAAUAUUGGAAAGCUAACUUGUCUUCAAACAUUACCCAUAUUUUUUGUGGGAUCAGAAAGGGGACGUUCGAUUAAGGAGUUAGGAUCCCUAAACGAACUGCGUGGAGAACUGAAGAUAUGCCAUCUUCGGGGUGUUAGAGACAAACAAGAGGCUAAUGGAGCAAAUCUACGCCUUAAAGGAAAAUUGUGCAAGUUGAUAUUUGGUUUUGAAGUGAGUCAUAGUGGGAGUGGUGGUUAUAACAGUGAGGAAGUGAUGGAAGGUCUCCAACCCCACCCAAAUUUGGAAAGCUUAACUGUUAUCAAUUAUCAAGGCAAAAGCUUUCCCUCAUGGAUGUUCAGACCUGUUAUUGAUUCUAAUACUGAUCAGUUUUUGCUUAAAAAAUUGAUGGAGCUGGACAUUUUCAAUGGCAUCAACUGUGAAAGUCUUCCACCUCUGGGCCAAUUGCUCAAUCUCCAGUAUCUUAAGUUGAGAAAUCUGAAGAAAGUGAAACGCAUGGGUAAUGAAUUUUAUUGCAACGAAGGUGUUGAUGGUAUGAAUGAGGUGAUCAAGGUGUUUCCUGCAUUGAAAAAAUUCACCUUAAGUGGGAUGGAAAGUCUAGAAGAAUGGACAGCAAUGGCGGAAACAAAGACGAUCAUGUUUCCUUGCUUGGAGCGGCUGAAGAUUUGGGAUUGUCCCCUGUUGAAAAGUGUUCCACUGACGGGACAAUGUUAUUCUCUUGAAAAGCUUACCAUUUUCCAUUGUGAAAAAUUAAGCAAGAUUGGAGAUGGAUUAUCUACCUCCACUUGUCUCAAAGAAUUAGAGCUACAAGAUUGUCCUAAUUUAAGUUCGAUCCCAAAUUUGGAAGGAUUUUCAUCUCUUGAAAAUCUAUUAGUUGAGGGCUGUGACAAAUUGGAGAGCUUUCCACUAAAAGCACCACUGUCAUCCCUUAAAAAAUUGAUGAUACGUGAUUGCCCUAAUUUGAAGCCCAUUCCAAGUUUAGAUGGACUCUCUUCUCUCACAGAAUUAAUAAUUAACGGAGUAGGCGAAGAAUGGAGCCGUCUGCUACCAAAUAUGUUGCAAUCCAACGUUUCCCUUUGCCGUCUAACAAUAUUAAAUUUGCCUGAUCCGACAUGGAUUCAAGAUGACAGCCUUGGUAGGCUUAACUGCUUGAGAGAAUUAGCUAUAGGCGGUUUCUCAGAAGAGCUACAAGAAUUCCCAUGGUCCAGUUCCAUUCAAUAUCUCAGUGCCUCCCUUCUAGAUCUAGAACUGAUUGGUUGGGAAAAGCUAAAGAGUCUUCCUCACCAACUUCAGUUCCUCACUGCCCUCGAAAAAUUGACGAUAAAAGGGUUUGAAGGAAUAGAAGCCUUUCCAGAAUGGUUGGGAAAUCUCUCUUCUCUAAAGCGUCUAAGAUUGGGUGGUUUUGGAAAGCUAAAGAGUCUUCCUCUUCAUCUCCCCACUGCCCUUGAACAUUUGAUGUUCGUUGGGUUUGAAGGAAUAGAAGCCUUUCCAGAGUGGUCGGGAAAUCAAUCUUCUCUAAAGCGUCUAUAUUUGAUUGGUUUUUAUGAAAUAGAAGCCUUGCCAGACUCGUUCAGAAAUCUCUCUUCUCUAGAGAGUCUGGGUAUCUUUGAAUGCAAGAAGCUCAUGUACUUGCCUUCUGUAGAUGUUAUGCGAAGCCUCUCCAAAUUAAAAGCAAUUGACAUUCGAGGUUGUCCUCAAUUAGAGACAAGAUGGAAGAGGCAGAGUGGCCCUGAAUGGUCCAAGAUUUCCCACAUUCCAAUUAUAUAUAUUAAUGGUCGGAGAAUUCAGUUAAUGGAUGGAGACUUUUGGGACUAUCAGUUUGAGAACCAAAUUAUGAAUUAAAUGUGUGGACACAGAAGGAGAUGCUGAUAGGGCUGGAGUCAGAGUGAAUUGUUCUCCUUUUCAACAUUGAAGAGCUAUAAUAUAAAAGACAGCUUUGGUUCACAAAUGCAGUCUUCGAUCGGGGGAUUAUCUGAUGUCUGUCUGAGCUGAUUUUUGGACAAUGGCUAAUAGGCUCGAGGAUUUAGAUUGUGCAAGGUUGGAUUUUUCUUACGGAUUUUGUAGUUUUAGGUUUUUCAUUUUCAAUGUUAAUCAUACUUGGGUGAUAUCCUCCACUUUUCUUGUUAGUUUGCUUAAUAUUAUUGGCUGAUAGUUUUGUUGGAGUUUUAUGCUUUUUAUUGUGGUUUUGUAUUGUGAUCUUGUAACAAACUUUAGAGUAUAGUGAAGGUUUUUAGUGAACUUUCAAGUCUUAUGGUUUUUACCCUUUGCUUUAAGGGGUUUUCCACGUUAAAAAGCACAUGUUUUGUUUAA